AUGGGGGAGUGCGUAAAAGUCGCGGUGCGAUGCCGCCCCCUUAACAGCAAGGAGAAAGCAGAUAACCGAGCUGUAAUUGUGGAGGUUGACGGCAAGAUUGGCCAAGUUACCCUACAUAAUCCUAAGGGCGACGAACCCCCAAAGACUUUCACCUUCGAUAAUGCAUUCGAUUGGAACGUUACCCAAAAGGAGGUCUACGACGUCGUUGCUCGCCCUAUCGUCAACAGCGUUGCCGACGGAUACAAUGGCACCAUUUUCGCUUACGGGCAAACUGGCACGGGCAAGACGCAUACCAUGGAAGGCCAACCUACACCAGAGCUUCAGGGCAUCAUUCCCAACUGCUUCGACCACAUCUUUGAGCUUGUCAAUGGGAGUUCAGGCCGACAAUGGAUGGUGCGUGCUUCGUACCUUGAGAUUUACAACGAGGAGGUGAGGGACCUACUGUCGAAGGACCCGAAGAACAAGCUGGAGUUAAAGGAACACAAGGACUCCGGAGUUUACGUCAAAGGGCUCAACGCAUUUGUCGUCAAGGGCGUGCCCGAACUAAAGAAUGUGCUCGAGGUUGGGAAGAAGAAUCGCUCGGUGGGCGCAACACUGAUGAAUCAGGACUCUUCGCGGUCGCAUUCCAUCUUCACCAUCACCAUUGAGACCAUUGAGCAGACGAAGGCGCAGCCCGAGGGCCACAUCAAGGUGGGGAAGCUCAACCUUGUGGAUCUUGCUGGCAGUGAGCGCCAGUCGAAGACGGGCGCUACGGGAGACCGACUUAAGGAGGCCACCAAGAUUAACCUGUCGCUAUCAGCGCUGGGUAACGUCAUCUCGGCCUUGGUCGACGGCAAGAGCGGGCACGUUCCGUACCGUGACUCCAAGCUGACCCGCCUGCUACAAGACUCUCUUGGCGGCAACACGAAGACAAUCAUGUGCGCCAACAUGGGACCAGCCGACUGGAACUACGACGAGACACUGUCGACGCUACGCUACGCGAACCGUGCUAAAAACAUUAAGAACAAGCCCAAAAUCAACGAGGAUCCUAAGGAUGCCAUGCUGCGCGAGUUCCAGGAGGAGAUCUCAAGGCUCAAAGCUUUGCUGGCGGCUGAGGGUGGAGCACUCCCGGAGGGCGCCGCAGCGGGCCCUGGCGGUGAAUUGGUGGUAGAGAAGGUGGUGACGGUGCCCAAAGCACUCGACGCCGCGUUCUUGGAGAAGAUGCGGCGUGACAUGGAGGAGCAAAUGAAGGCAGAGCUUGCCGCUAAACAGGCUGCGGCGCUGAAUGAGGAGCAGCUGCAGAAGGUGAAGGAGGAAGCUGCAGCAAAAGCCAAAGCGGAGGCUGAUCGGCUGGCGGAGGAGAAACGGAGGGCCGAGGAGGAGGCAGCUAAGAUGCAGCGCAAGCAGCAAAAAAUCAAGGAGGAGAUGGAAAAGAAGUCCCACGAUGCGGAGCAGAUCCGUGCAGAGAAGGAGGCGCUCGCUAAGAAGCUCAAGGCCAUGGAGUCUAAAAUCUUAAAGGGAGAUGCGGCGGGCGGCCUGGCGGAAGUCACGAAGAAGAAGGAAGAGGAGCUUAAGAAGAAAGAGCAGGAGCUUGAGCGCAGGCGGAGAGAGGAAGAUGAGCGAAGGCAGAAAAUUGCGGCUAUGGAAGAGGCGCAGUUGGCUGCAGAGGAGAAGUACAAGGACAAGGCAGACGAGGCGGAACAGAAGACCAAGAAGCUUAAGAAGCUGUGGAAGAAGUUUCAGGAGGUCAAUGCCGAGGUUGAGGAUAUGUACAAGGAAUUCCAGCGGGAGAAGGAGGACUUGCUGGAGAGCAUUCGAAUGCUGCAGGACCAAAUGCAGCUCAAGGACAUGGUCAUCGAGGCGUUCAUCCCGCCGGAGGAGGUGCAGAAGGUCAUGAAGCGCGCGCACUGGGAUGACGAGAGGGAAGUCUGGGUCUUAGAGCGGCUAAGCGAUAUUGGCAAGCGUGAAACGGCGGCUGGCAAUUCUCGCCGACCGGUGUCGGCAUCAGGGCAGCGCCGCCCCACGUCAGACUUUGCCAAGCUGGCUAACGCCAUGGGCGACAUGAACCCACGAUUCAAGUCCGAAAACAUCCUGAAUUUGGAGCUAGAUCUGCCAGAGCGCACAACGUACGACUACGAAGGUCCGGGUGUGGAUCCACGCGUGCAGGCUGCCAUCAACGCCGCGUUCGCAGAGGACGGAGAAUUUAUCUUCGUAGGUUCGGAGCAGAACGUACACCUCGGCGAGGUUACCGCGAACGUAGCUCAACGUCCAGAUUCCGCAAAAAAACGACCUGCCUCAGCUCGCAAGGGCACGAAGGCCUCACGUUGACGAUGGUUUCUUUUUCGGCACUGUGUAGCUAAUGGAUGGCAAUGCUGAGGAUGGAUGUACAUAUACAAGGACAAUAGCCAAGAGUAAUUACAGGACAUGACUUUCGCCGAGCAGGUGUGCGAUAUUAAGAUCGAGUCGACGAUACAAAUAUGCGUAGCGGGUAACCGAGCGUGCCCUUUUAGGUACCGGACUUGCAGGAUCAAUAAUCCGCCACACACUUUUGUUGUACAGCGCAGCGGUAAUUGCUGCCAAAUGUGGCACACUUAUAAUCUCUUGUAAAUCAUGUCAAGUGGGAACAAGUCACGCUGUAACCAUGGACGAAUGAAGAAUGAGGCACUCGCUACAACACCCAGUCACGAAACACAGUACCCCCCACAGGCAUGUGAUGAGGUAACACUCUCAUAUAAAGUGCAUGAAUGAUCAAUUCGCGCUUCCUAAGGUUUAAGCGGUCGCCUGCUUCAGGUAGGCUAUGAGGUCCGCG